GGAAUAACGGAAUAACGUCGGCAGCGGUAAUUUGGUAAUUAUAGGGAAAAAGGAGGGUUCCUUGGAAUUGGCGAAUGUUUGUUUAUUUUUGGGGCGCCACCAAAACCCACCCAGACCGGACUACUACCUUGCCACGACAGCACCACCUGCACCACCCUUCCUUUCUUUAAUCCCCAAAUUACAACCACCGCUUUUCCCUCACACAUGUCUUCUUCUCUUCUCUAACACAGUAACGCCACAACCCUCUCUCUCUCUCUCUCUCUCUCUGCAUUGAGCAACUCAUCUCACUAAUAGAAGCAGCCCUAACUUAGUUUCUCACACACAAAUUCUGAGUUCAGACACUGAAAACAGUACUCAUAGAUCGAUCAAAGAUGGGAUCUGGAGCUGGAAACUUCAUCAAAGUCAUUCUCAAGAACUUUGAUGUUCUUGCUGGCUGCUACUUUUUCUGUUGCAGGCCGGUGAUUAGUCUUGUUUAUCCUCUGUAUGCUUCAGUUAGGGCAAUUGAGAGCAAGUCACCUGUGGAUGAUCAGCAGUGGCUCACUUACUGGGUUCUCUAUUCCAUGAUCACUCUCUUUGAACUCACCUUCGCCAAACUUCUUGAAUGGAUUCCUAUAUGGCCCUACGCUAAGCUGAUUAUAACCUGCUGGUUGGUCCUUCCAUACUUUAGUGGUGCUGCUUAUGUUUACGAGCAUUAUGUGAGACCUUUCUUUGUUAAUCCUCAGACAGUUAACAUCUGGUAUGUUCCAAGUAAAAAGGACAAAUUGGGUAAGAAAGAGGACAUUCUAACUGCUGCCGAGAAGUACAUCCAAGAGAAUGGAACACAAGAAUUUGAGAAUCUCAUCCAUAGGGCUGAUAAAUCAAGAAGCGAUGGUGGUUAUUACUCAAUGUACCACGAUGAGACCUAUUGAAUGCAAUCUUUUUAAGCUUGUCUUUUGGAGAUACGGGAUGAAUAUACAUGUCAGCAUGUGACUAUAACUUAAGUUUUUCAUAUUCUCCUUUCUGUGAAUUGUUCUGUUAUGGUGUAAUUAUUUCAUGCGUACUAAUCUUAUGCGUUCUGUAAUGGCUAUGCUAUGACACAUGGUAUAUAUUAUAUAGAGAUAACGGAGUCGGCAGAGGAGAUGCUUGUUGAUUCAGUUUUU